CCUAUCCAACCGAUGUGGGAUCUAACGACGAUAGUUGAUUAGUGACACAACAACGAGCACCUAACAAUGAUAUAAAAUCAAUUUAAAAUUUGUUACCACAACUUGUGAGGUCAAAAUAGUCAAAUUACUAAAAUGAUUUUUUUUUUUUUUUCAUUUUAAUUUCGCAUAAAAGUUAUCCAAAUGCACACAGCGAAUAGAAACCCCAAAAUGGCUUGGCAGAGUCUCUAUCUUCCUCCGCCGGUGAAAUCCGUUUUCUCGAUGAAUUGCAUUACCUCCGCCAUUGAGUUGCCUGUUCUCCGAUCGCAUUUCAAGCCAAAUCGCCGGCAACGGAAGCAGAACAACUCACAAUCUCAGCCACCGAUUUACAUUUCUCCACAAAGCAACCGAUUCGCUUCACUAACAGCCAACGCAAUUCCAAACUCUCUAGUUCUCGCAAACACUAUUCCUCCGUCGCAGUCCGGCGACGUAUCGGUCCUCCUCCAGACAAGCGGCGUGCUUCUGAUCGUGUAUUUGAUAGCGAAUUUCAUUGUGCCGGAGUUCAUUAUGAAAUCGUACAGUACCGAUGAGAGCGAGGGGAAAGCAUUGAUGGAAGACGAAGAAAUAGGCGCCAGUGAAAGGAGGAAGAAACAAGGUUUUGGCGGUAACAAGAGAUAGCGAAAAUUGAAGGUAAAGCCAUUGAACUUUUUUCGUGUUCUGUACAGAAAUUGCAAUUUUCUUUGCUUUUUUUCGGUGCUUUUGUGUGGUGAAGGUGAAUUCAGGAUUGUGUUGCUUAGAAUAGAGAUUGGGAAUCGGAUUCUCUGUGAUUUUCUUUUGCCAUUUCAUUGAAAAAGGAAAUUCUUGUUGUUUGUUUGAAAAUAUUGUAAGAUUACUUGUGAGAAAUGGAAUCUGGUAAUGAAUGGAGUUUUAGAUUA